AAAAUAAAAAAUUAAAAGUAGAUAUUGCCACGAAAAAGACGGGGCAAAUUCUAACUUUGUAAAGGGAAUGGAGAGUCACUCUCCAACCGCGCAGGGGCGCCAUUACUUCCUUCCGCCUAGCACGCGACUCACAAGUCCGGCAAGUGGAAGUGACGAACCCGAAACUACUCUCGAAGAUCUCACCGCAAUCUCCGCCAUUGUCUCCGUUUCCGGGAAAAUUUCGAAGCAGUUACAGGAUCCGUGUUCUCAGUUCUGGUUUCGUUCUUGAAUUCUAGCUUUUGGCUCUGAAAUUGCAAUCUUGCAAAAGAGGAAUAUAAUCACCUUCUUCAUUAAUGUUCUUGCUUCUCUAAGCCUAUGUGAGUUUGGAUGAAUUAUGAGAUUCAAUGGUUCUUGAAAUGGACAGCUCAGGGACAUAGAUUUCAUAGUUUCUUUGCUUUCAAGAAAUCCAACUCUUUGCACUAGUUUGAUUUAUAUCUAAUUGGCUAUCUAAUUGUUAAAUUAAAGUGGUGGAUACCAUGACAACCCAUUUAGCCUCUGUUGUGUGGAAACUGCAAACAUUAUCCACUUCUGACCAUGCCUCUGUGGUCUCUAUGAAUCUGUUUGCGGCCCCUCUUUGUGCUUGUAUCGUCGUUGGUCAUUUGCUGCAGGAGAAUCGAUGGAUGAAUGAGUUAAUCGCUGCCCUUCUCAUUGUGAGCCUUUUUUUUUUUUAAUCUUUUGAUGGCUAUUUUGUUGUUGGGGAUAAAAAUAUAUGGAUGUU